CUGAACCAACUGGAUUGUACUUAUACACGCGACUACUUCGUAAAGCUCAAUCGUCGAACAUCAACACGCUAUCCUGAUUUUACUCCUGAAAUCUAUUCAACAGGGACAUCACUCAGCCGAAUAUAGUCUCUGGAAACAGCUCGAUGUAUAUCUUCUGACAGUAGUAAAUGACCAUGUGUAAGUGGUCUGACGGGCGAUGAAGGUGAUAAAGAAAUUCUGCCCAUGAAGAUAUAUUGACUCGGUAUCUUGGUAUGAGUCUAAAUAAAGACUCGUACAGAUGAUCGAGACGAGUUAUCAAUCCUCUCCUAUCAUGGUCGUCGAAACACCUAAAGCUGUGCCUUUUGUCCUCGCCAAUGCCUUCACUAGUGAUCCAUUCGGUGGCAACCCCGCAGCCAUCGUAUUCCUGGAUUCAGACUUGUCAUCAGAAACGUUGUUGAAUAUCUCCAAGAAUUUCAACCAGCCGAUGACAACGUUCAUCCUGCCGUCCGACGUGCAAGACACCGAGAAUCUUUCGCGGUCGUAUCGUGUUCGAUGGUUCACAACCGUGACAGAGGUUGUUAUAUGCGGUCAUGGAACAUUGGCUGCCGCUGGUGUCAUCUUCGCAUUGGCGAAGGUUCCGUCCUCCGUUCAAGUCCUGAACUUUGUGGCAAAGAACGGGGCCAAGCUUACCUCACGUAAAGUUGAUAAUCGGGUGGAGAUUACACUCCCUUCGACGCUUGUCCAGCCUCUCCCUUCAGAUGAAGAAGCUAGGUGGAAUCAGUUAUGCGAAGAGCAGAUGGGAAGAAGACAUUGACGUCAAUUUCAUUGGACAAAUGGCCAGGGAUUCGUGACCGUGACGACCGCUUCGACCAAAGGUGAUGCAGUGUUCUAAUGGCGCAUGUUCGCGCAAGCCCAGGAUGUUCCGGAAGCCCAUGAUGUUCCGGAAGACCACGUCUGUGGCUCUGCGCACUGUCUUUUGACCCCGUACUGGGCUCGGAAGACUGCGAACGGCGAGAAUCAGAUGCAGGCGAAGCAGGCGAGCCAGCGUGGCGGAGACCUGUGGGUGAGCUGACAGAAGGACGAGGGGCGUGUUUUGUUGCGGGGAGAGACUGUGAUGCAAAUGUUUGCAUUAUGUAGUUAAUUUUCAUGGUAGGGUUUCGCUACCUUUCCUAAUCGUGUAGGUGGACCGCAGACUAUUGGCGUAGUUUUCUCCUACGUGAGGCUGUACACAACCCUCAUGAUCCUUGAGGAACUCC